ACUCAUUUUUUUUACAAAAUCAAAUUAGAUUAUAUUUCAAAUCGGAACAAAUUUUUAAGUACGUACUAUUUAAAAAUAUUAUACGAGUGCAUUAUCCGUGCAUUAUUACGUAAUUGUAUAGAUAUCACGAUUUCAGUUAUUAAUCCUUCAAACUGUUUUUUAUAACGUACAACGCGAAACAUUGUCUUUAUCUUAUGAAAAAGUAUAUUCGAAAUAUCGGCUCGAGAUAAGUAUAUUUUCGAAUAAAAAGAGUGAUAUAAAAUAUAAAAAGUGCAUAAAUUAAAAUAUAUCCAUUUUUAUUAGUUUUAAAAGUGCUAGAAAAAUAACGCUCGAGCGAACAUCGAGUUUAAAAAGGAAAAGUAAAUACUUGGGAAUAAAUUUUACAAUUCAUAAUUGUAUUUCAUGUGAUUGAAAGAUUGUAGUAAAUAAUGUUACAAUAAAGAAAAAAAGGACAACGUUAUUUGGCAUCGAAGAUGAUAAAUAUAAGAAGAUAACGAUUAGGUCGAGAAAGUGAUGGUGCAAGAUCUAAAGAAACCUAUGGACAAAAAUGGUUGCUUGUUUCACGUGCACGAGAAGAAGUAUGUGUAAUUACGAUUUAAAGAGAAGAAGACGAAAGAACAGCAUUUUGAAAAUGCUCGAAGAAGUUAAAUGAAUUUGAAGUUGCGAACGUAAAAAAGUAGUGGGGAUGAACAAAUAGAACCUGUAUUGUAAGCAGUAUAAAAGGCGACGAUCGGCUUGGUGAAACGUUUAGUCAAGGUUGAAUGCUCUUCAGUGCCAUGUUUGUUCACGCAACAUGAUCGGACUAAGCAAAAAGAAGAUUUUAAUAUAUGGGGUGAGCAUCGCUAUAAUUUUAGGCGUGAUCAUAGCAAUAGUAAUCGUUUCACUCGCUCACAAUUCAGAAAAUAGAAACGACUCGAGUGACGCCUCGUACAGCGGAGCAUAUAGAAAGGCUGCGGUAUCUACGAAUGGACAGGAAUGCGCGCAAAUCGGUGCGGACAUGCUUGCCAGAGGCGGCCAUGCCGUGGAUGCGGCUAUAGCUGCGCUUCUGUGCGAAGGAGUCUCUUCUUUGCACAGCAUGGGAUUAGGCGGCGGAUUCUUAAUGACAAUUUGGGAUGCUCGCACAAAAACGGCAGAUUAUUUGGAUGCGCGUGAAACAGCUCCAUCCGCGGCACACGAAAACAUGUUUCUAAAUGAUUCAAGAGCGUCAAUGUAUGGUGGUUUGGCGAUUGCGGUACCUGGCGAACUUCUCGGUUACUGGGAAGCGCAUCAAAAAUAUGGAAAAUUGCCGUGGUCUGAAUUGUUCGAACCGACUAUUUCUCUGUGCGGCACUGGAUCACACGUAAACAAUUAUUUGGCAACUUAUUUGUCGAACAAGGAAUCACUGAUAAGGGCAGAAAAAUCAAUGGCAGAAAUUCUCAUAAACCCUGUUACCAAUUCAACGUGGAAAGUAAACGAUAGGAUAAAAAGACCACGUUUGGCGGAGACGUUGAAAUUGAUCGCCGAGCAUGGACCAAAAAUAUUUUACAACGGCACUAUGGGCGACGUUCUGGUUGAAGAAAUCCGAGCCUUCAAAGGAAUCAUCACGAAAAACGAUCUAGAAGAUUAUAGAGUAAGAUGGAUGAAACCCAUCGAAUCGAAGAUUGGGAAUUUAACCGUUUACACUGCACCACCACCGGGCUCUGGAGCGGUUUUAACUUUCAUCAUGAACGUUUUUCGCGGCUUAAUACCUAAUGCCGAUGUCAGAAUCACUUGGCAAUAUUUAGUCGAAACGUUUAAAUGGGCUUAUGCCAGAAGAACGGAAUUGGGUGAUCCAGAAUUUGUUAACAUUACUUCUUUAAUUAACGACUUAACGUCUAUCGAAUAUGCCCGCGCAAUUCGAAGGAAUAUAAAAAGUAAUGAAACAAGUAACGAUCCAAGAUAUUACGGUGUCAAUAUGACUAUGCAGGAAGAUUCGGGGACCAGUCAUGUUUCCGUUCUGGCUCCUGAUGGCUCAGCGGUAUCCGUAACGUCGACCAUAAACCAAGUACUCGGCGCGAUGAUACGUUCACCAUCGACUGGAAUAAUAUUUAACGACGAAAUGGAUGAUUUUAGUUCACCCAACAGGAGUAAUGGAUUUAAUCUACCUCCUUCGCCAGCGAAUUUCAUUCGCCCUAAGAAAAGACCUAUGAGUUCUAUGAGUCCAACGAUAGUUGUUGAUGAAAGUGGAAAUGUUCGAUUGGUAAUCGGUGCCGCGGGCGGCGCGAAAAUUACGUCAGCAGUUGCAAUAGCAAUGGCAUUAAAUCUUUGGUCAGGGUAUAAUGUAAAACAAGCGGUUGACGCGCGCAGAAUUCAUCAUCAGUUAUUACCAAUGGCUAUUCAAAGUGAACACGGCUUUUCUCCAGAUGUGUUAAAUUAUUUAGCCAGUAUUGGGCAUAACGUUACCACUUACACAGGAAUUGGAAGUGCUAUUACAGCAGUGUCCAGAGAAAAUGGAAAAAUAUUUGCCAGUUCAGACUUUCGUAGAGAAGGAAGAACUGCUGGUUUUUAAACGAUCGGUUGUGCUUCGUACUAUCGAUGAACAGAAAUGUAUCAAUGCGACAAAUCAAGAUGGUGCAUGGACAUGUCUUGUUUUUAAUUAGAACACGCGACGAAUCGUUUCAAUAAUUGACAUUGAACAAUAAGAGCCCGAUAAGAGAUUAUUAAAACCGCAACGGUAAAUUCUUAUACACGUACAAAAUACCUGAUCAUGCUUGUUUUGUCAACUUCUCAGAAAGUAUUAAUAGGAUAAGUACAAUAGAGAUUUUAAUGAUAACACGUAGAAUAGAUGUACGUUGUUUUAAACGUA